AAAGCCGCGCAGUUCCACCUGCGCUGCUCCGUCCGCGGGGGUGAAUCCGGGCCAGCCGCAGUCAUGGUGCACUGCAGUUGCGUGUUGUUAAGAAAGUAUGGGAACUUCGUUGAUAACCUAAGACUCUUCACCAGGGGAGGAAGUGGUGGAAUGGGCUAUCCUCGUUUAGGUGGAGAAGGUGGAAAAGGUGGUGACGUCUGGGUUGUAGCCCAUAAGAAAAUGACUUUAAAACAACUUAAAGACAAAUAUCCUCAUAAGCGGUUUGUGGCUGGAGAAGGAGCCAACAGUCGGGUUAGUGCACUGAGAGGCUCCAAAGGAAAAGACUGUGAAAUUCCUGUACCUGUGGGUAUUUCAGUAACUGAUGAAAAUGGAGAACUCGAUAAAGAGAAAGACAGAGUUUUGGUAGCGGAAGGAGGUCUUGGUGGUAAAUUCCUUACAAAUUUCUUACCAUUGAAAGGCCAGAAACGAAUAAUUCACCUUGACCUGAAACUCAUAGCUGAUGUAGGUCUAGUAGGAUUCCCAAAUGCCGGAAAAUCCUCUUUGCUAAGUCAGAUUUCUCACGCGAAACCUGCAAUUGCAGAUUAUGCAUUUACAACAUUAAAGCCUGAACUUGGAAAGAUUAUGUAUAAAGAUUUCAAACAG